UCUGGAUCUGGGUCUGGGUCUGGCCCUGCGCUCCGGGUCCGCGGAGGCGACCAUGGACCUCGCCGGGCGCGCCCGGGGCCAUGGGGCCACGGUAGGGGGGCUGCUGCUCGGGGCGGCUGCUGCCGCCAAGGGUCUCAAGGAGGACCUGAGGGGCGCGGACGCCCUGCCUUGGAGGGCCCUGUCCCGGAUCCCGAAGCGGAAGGGGCUUGGAGAGGAGGACACGACAGUUGCCGGACACGAGCUCCUACUGCCAAAGGAGAGAAGCUUUCAGAAUGCUGCUAAAAGCAAUAAUUUGGAUCUUAUGGAGAAGCUGUCUGAAAACAAGGUUAACAUUAAUGCUGUGAACAAUAUGAACCGCACAGCCCUGCAUUUUGCAGUGGGGAGAAAUCAUCAUUUAUCUGCAGUGGAUUUCUUGCUUAAACACAAGGCCAGGGUGGAUGUUGCUGAUAAGCAUGGCUUGACAGUAAUUCACCUUGCAGCCUGGUCUGGGAGCCUUGAGGUCAUGCUCAUGCUGGUUAAAGCUGGAGCAGAUCAGAGAGCCAAGAAUCAGGAUGGAAUGAAUGCCCUCCACUUUGCUGCUCAGAGCAAUCAUGUGCGCAUCGUGGAGUAUCUUAUUCAAGAUCUGCACCUCAAGGACCUGAACCAGCCUGAUGAGAAAGGAAGAAAACCAUUUCUUUUGGCAGCUGAGAGGGGCCAUGUUGAAAUGAUAGAAAAACUUACCUUCCUAAACCUGCAUACUUCAGAAAAGGACAAGGAGGGAAACACUGCCUUGCACCUCGCUGCAAAGCACGGUCACAGUCCUGCAGUGCAGGUGCUGCUAACCCAGUGGCAAGACAUAAAUGAGAUGAAUGAGCUCAAUAUCAGUAGUUUGCAGAUCGCAACCAGGAAUGGCCAUGCAUCCCUUGUCAACUUUCUUCUCAGUGAGAACGUUGAUCUGCACCAGAAAGUGGAACCUAAGGAGUCUCCUCUUCAUUUAGCUGUUAUCAACAACCACAUCACGGUUGUAAACAGCUUAUUAAGUGCACAGCAUGAUAUUAACAUAUUAAAUCAGAAGCAACAAACCCCUCUGCAUGUAGCUGCUGAUUGUGGAAAUGUGGAACUGGUGGAAACCCUGCUGAAGGCAGGCUGUGACUUGAAGGCUGUUGACAAGCAAGGAAAGACUGCCCUGGCUGUGGCCUCCAGGAGCAACCAUAGCCUUGUGGUGGACAUGCUCAUUAAAGCAGAGAGAUACUACGCCUGGAGAGAGAAGCAUCAUGAGAGCAUCGGGGACCCAUCAACAGGCUUUCCUCUGACAUUCAAGCAAGACCACAGUCUGGAGACCAGACACAUUCGCACGCUCCUCUGGGGCCUGGCUUACCAUCAGCUGAAGGCCAAUGAGUGGCAGAGGCUGGCCCGUUCGUGGAAUUUUACAGAUGACCAGAUUAGAGCCAUUGAGGCACAGUGGUCAGGAAAUGAAAGCUUCCGUGAACAUGGCCACAGGGCUCUGCUUAUCUGGCUACAUGGGACCCUGAUGACUCAGGCUGAUCCGGCCAAGCACCUGUAUGAAGAGCUGGUACACGCAGGUUUCCCAAAACUAGCUGAAAAGACUCGUCAUUUCAAAAGCAAAACUGACUUAAACUCCAAGAAAUGUGUAGUUUCAUAA